CUGUUUAAACUGUUUGGAAUGUAGUAGAUCAGGAACUUGCCUUGUUGGUUUCAGUUACAACGGACAUCAUUACAUCAGAAAUUUUACUCGUCAUUAACCUCUAAAAAAAUUCAAACCUAGGAAAAUUCCCCAAAAACCUUCAAGAAGGCAGAAAUCAAAGAAUGAGGAUUGUCUUCAGUGAUGUUUUUACCUUACUCUGCCUCUUGGGUGGUAACUAGUUAUUUAUCUUCUGUACUUGGAGGUGCUGGAGGUGUGAUUUGUAGAUUAUGCAACCUCUCAAUCCCUUUCCAUGGAUGUCUUUUGGAUUUUGGAACCUGCAAAACAAAACCUGGUCAGUACUGCAUAAAAGAGAUUCACGUGAAAGGUGGAAUUCAGUGGUAUGCCAUUCAAGGUUGCACAGAGACCCAAGAUGAGUGCUUCAAGAGAAUAACAAAGCCUUCUGGAAUUCUCUCUACUCACUGUUGCCUUUAUUCCUUGUGCAAUCUUUGAGCCAGUGGCCCAUUUCCAAGUUGUUUGACUGAUCAACUGCCUCAGAGUCUGAUCUGAUCAUCACAAGACAACAGGCUGCCAUUAAUCCACCCUCUGCAAAACACCUCCUAUCUCUGCAGGUCAUACGAGUUGUGGUCUAAAACCAGUUCUGGUUUUCAAGGUGCCCCCCUUCUUCCCCACCACCUCCAACUUCUCCCAGAAACAUCCUUUUUCAACACUAUGACUCUCCUCUCCUCUUUCUGCUCAGUUCCCUUUCUGGUGACUUCAAAGCUACAAAGAAAUAAAAACGUAUUUCCCUGAGGCAAAUAA